AGUCUGAGACGGUCUCUCAAAAAAUUUUACAAAGCCAGUUUUACAAUUAUUCGCUCGAUUUUACCCUCCGUUUAUAUUUUACGGUGCUACAUGAAACGCAACGAUAAAGGCCGUUUGUUGAAUAAUCUCUGUACAGCGCGACGCGAAGUAGUUUUAUUUAGUUCCUAACGGGUUACCGGGUCGUGCAGUCGUGUUCAUUUCUACUUCAGUACCCCACCUUUUCCAAGACCACACAUCAUGUCUCUCCAGGAGCAAUUCGAUGCCGCCGCCGCCAAGGUCAAGAACCUAAAGUCCCUGCCCAGUGAUGCUGACCUCUUGGAGCUGUAUGCUCUGUUCAAGCAAGCCACUGUCGGCGACGCUGACCCCGCCAACAAGCCCGGUUUCCUCGACCUGAAGGGCAAGGCCAAGUUCGAAGCGUGGUCGAAGAAGAGUGGCACUUCCAAGGAUGACGCUCAGAAAGCCUACAUCGCGAAAGUAGAGAGUCUGGUCGCUUCCAUCGGCCUCCAGUAACCGUACACUAGUAAUCGACUCGACGGGACCAGCCAACUGCGACGGAACACUUUUCCCGGGCGUUCUUCGCGACCUAACUGCCCAUAACCGGUUUCACAACAUUCUUGUCGGGUGCAAAAUUAGCUUUAGUUUUUAAUGGGCGGACCGCAAAGGGUUAACACUAAAGCCUUGCAAGUUUGUUAUUUUUAAACAACUUUGAACAGGAAUUGGAAGUCCGUCUCAUUAAAAUAAGUAAUUUAUUAUAUUGCUGGUAUAGGCACAUUAAGUUAUU